AGCAACUCAGUUGCCAAUUGCUAGUUGGCCACAAAAGUUCUGUGCAGCGAAAAUAUGAGAUACGAAUAUAUUUGCUUCCUCUCAGUGCUGAGCCUUUGCCUGGCCACGCCCAGUCUACGUGGCGUCUCUGAGCCGGGCAAGAUUCUGGAGUCGUUGAGCAACCUGCGUCAAAAUAGUUUUCUCGACUGGAUCGUCUCAAUCCUGGGACCCGACUACACUGACACCAAUGCCCCGGCGAAGCGCGAGUGUCCCGCUUGUGGUUGUGGUAACAUCAACACCAGGCAUCGCAUUGUUGGUGGCCAGGAGACGGAGGUGCACGAGUAUCCAUGGAUGGCCAUGCUCAUGUGGUUUGGUAGCUUCUACUGCGGUGCCUCGCUGGUUAACGAUCAGUACGCUGUGACUGCCGCACACUGUGUUAAUGGCUUCUAUCAUCGCCUGAUCACAGUUCGCUUGUUGGAGCACAAUCGCCAAGACUCAAAUGUGAAAAUUGUGGACAGACGCGUGAGUCGUGUGCUGGUGCAUCCCAACUACAGCACUCUCAACUUUGACAGCGACAUUGCUUUGAUUCGCUUCAAUGAGCCAGUGCGUCUAGGCAUCGACAUGCAUCCCGUUUGCCUGCCAACCCCGACUGAAACUUACGCUGGCCAAACUGCUGUGGUUACGGGAUGGGGAGCUCUUAGUGAAGGCGGACCUGUUUCCGAUACGCUGCAGGAGGUGGAGGUGCCUGUGCUGUCACAGCAAGAGUGCCGAGACAGCAACUAUGGCAGCUCCAAGAUCACCGACAACAUGAUCUGUGCUGGCUACGUGGAGGAGGGCGGCAAGGACUCUUGCCAAGGCGACAGCGGAGGACCGAUGCAUGUGAUUAGCGGCGAGCAAACCUAUCAGCUGGCUGGCAUAGUCUCCUGGGGCGAAGGCUGUGCCAAGCCGGGCUCUCCAGGUGUCUACACACGCGUCAGCAACUUCAACGAAUGGAUCAGGGCGAACACUCGCGAUUCGUGUGCCUGCAGCCAACCCGAGGAGCCAGCAGCUCCGGAAGCCAUGAGCACCACCACAACGGAGCAGACAGAGGCAGGCACAGCUGCCUCCUCUGAGACAAGCCAAGCUGGCGAAUCAACUGAACCCGAUCCUGUCACCGAUCUUAUAUAAAUAAGAAAGAAA